AUGGCUACGGCAGUCCUUAAUGCGACCGUCGCUGGCCUGAGCUCGACCGACACAUACUUCACCGUCUUGGAAGAGGUUUCCAAGUACAAUGUUCAGCUAAACUACGCCGAGAAGCUCUGGGCGGCGUGGUAUCUGUGGAUGCAGAAUGACACUCUCGCGACCGGUCUCAUGAGCUUCUUCAUGCACGAGAUCAUCUACUUCGGCCGCUCGAUCCCGUGGAUGAUCAUCGACGCUCUUCCCAUGUUCAACAAGUACAAGCUGCAAAAAGAAAAGCGCCCCACCUGGAAGGAACAGUUUGAGUGCGCCGGUCUCGUUCUCCUCAGUCACUUGACCGUCGAGCUUCCCCAGAUCUGGCUCUUCCACCCCAUCGCCACCUACUUCGGUCUCGACUAUGGCGUGCCCUUCCCUCCUCUCUGGAAGAUGGCCUUCCAAAUCUGCAUCUUCUUCAUCAUGGAGGAUGCCUGGCACUACUGGAACCACCGCGCGCUUCACUACGGCCCUCUCUACAAGUCCAUCCACAAGAUUCACCACACCUACAGCGCGCCCUUUGGUCUCGCCGCCGAGUACGCCUCCCCCAUUGAGGUCAUGCUCCUCGGUAUUGGUACCGUAGGAUCCCCCAUCCUCUGGGUUUGCUUCACCAAGGACCUCCAUCUCGCCACCAUGUAUGUUUGGAUCGUCCUCCGUCUCUUCCAGGCCAUCGACGCCCACUCCGGCUACGAUUUCCCCUUCAGCUUGUGCCACAUCCUCCCCUUCUGGGCUGGUGCCGAACACCACGAUGUCCACCACGAGCGCUUCAUCGGCAACUAUGCCUCCAGCUUCCGCUGGUGGGAUUACUGCCUCGACACCGAGGCCGGUGAGGAGGCCGCCAAGGCUCGCCGUGAGAAGAAGCUUGCGGCCAUGAGGGCUAAGAAGGCCCAGUAA